AUGUCAGACUACAGCAGGAAUUCAGAUCAAGAAGAACUUCUUGAUGAGGAGCUUGAUGAAGACAAAAUCUUGGCCAACUUGUCCCCCGAAGAGCUAAGGGAACUGCAAUCUGAAAUGGAAGUCAUGGCCCCUGACCCCAGGCUUCCUGUGGGAAUGAUUCAGAAAGAUCAAACCGAUAAGCCACCGACAGGAAACUUCGACCAUAAAUCCCUCGUCGAUUAUAUGUAUUGGCAAAAGGCGUCCAGACGCAUGCUGGAAGAUGAACGCGUUCCUGUCACCUUUGUACCAUCUGAGGAAAAUGCUCAAGAGCAGCAUGAAGAAAUAGACAAAGGUAACAAAAACGUGUCCCAGUAUUUAAAAGAAAAGCUCAACAAUGAAAUUGCUGCAUAUAAAAGAGAAUCGAAGGGCAGCAACAAUGUCCAAGAAACGGAUAAUAAUGAUAAUAAUGAAGAUGAUGAUAAUGAUGAAGAAGAUGAAGAUGAGGAAGAUGAUGAAGACGAUGAAGGAGAAGAGGAGAGUGAGGAGAGUGAUGAGAAAACAAAAAAAGAAGAUGAAGGCAAAGUAAAGGAGCAAAUCAGAAAUGGCGAGAACAACUGCCCCCAGAUGACUAAUAAAGCAUUCGAAGGACAGAAAGACAAAAGAGCUGCCCAAGAAAAAAGUGAGAAAAAAAUAUCAAAAUUAGAUCCUAAGAAGUUAGCUUUAGAUACCAGUUUUUUGAAGGUAAGUGCAAGGCCUUCAGGAAACCAAACGGACCUGGAUGGGAGCUUGAAGCGAGUUAGACAAAAUGAUCCUGACAUGAAGGAACUCAACCUGAACAACAUUGAAAACAUCCCCAAGGAAAUGCUAUUGGACUUUGUCAAUGCCAUGAAGAAAAACAAACACAUCAAAACCUUCAGUUUAGCAAAUGUGGGUGCAGAUGAGAAUGUAGCGUUUGCCUUGGCUAACAUGUUACGUGAAAACAGGAGUAUUACCACUCUCAACAUCGAGUCCAAUUUCAUCACAGGUAAAGGAAUUGUGGCCAUCAUGAGGUGUCUCCAAUUUAAUGAGACACUAACCGAACUUCGGUUUCAUAAUCAAAGGCACAUGCUGGGCCACCAUGCUGAAAUGGAAAUAUCCAGGCUUUUGAAGGCAAACAACACUCUCCUGAAGAUGGGCUACCAUUUUGAGCUUCCAGGUCCCAGAAUGGUGGUAACCAAUCUGCUCACCAGGAAUCAGGAUAAACAAAGGCAAAAAAGACAAGAAGAACAGAAACAGCAGCAACUCAAAGAGCAGAGAAAGUUAAUUGCCAUGUUGGAGAAUGGAUUAGGGUUGCCACCUGGGAUGUGGGAGAUGUUGGGAGGACCAAUGCCCGAUUCCAGAAUGCAGGAGUUCCUCCAACCUCCUCCUCGACCUCCCAACCCCCAAGCAGUCCCCUUGAGUAGACGAAAUGAAAUGAUGAAAAAGCCAUCGCAGCCUCCUCAGCACAGGACAGACCCCGACUCCUUCCGGAUGGUGAAGCUGAAAAGGAUCCAGCGCAAAUCUCGGAUGCCGGAAGCCAGAGAACCACCCGAGAAAACCAACCUCAAAGAUGUGAUCAAAACACUCAAACCAGUACCCAGAAAUAGGCCACCCCCAUUGGUGGAAAUCACUCCCAGAGAUCAGCUCUUGAAUGACAUUCGUCACAGCAACAUCGCCUAUCUUAAACCUGUGCAGCUGCCAAAAGAACUGGCAUAA